AUGGAUACAGAGCGUUCUGUCAUAGAGCUCCUACUCUGUGGAACACCUUGCCGGAUGAUAUCAGUUCCUAGGGAAGGUCCCCGUCAUCUCAAGUUCAAUGUGCUUAAUUCGACUGCCAUCAGAGUCCGCUGGUCAGCUCCACUGCAGUCGCAGGGAGGACGUAUUCGAGGCUAUGCUGUAUCCUUUACAAAAGUCGAUGAUCUUGGUAAAGACCUGUUUCCACCCGAACAAACUCAAGUUAAAUUUACUGCCUCCGAACUUGAGUUGUCCUUAGUUUUAUCUGAACUUGAUCCUGAUUCAACCUACGAAAUAGCAGUUGCAGCCUACUCUAACAAAGGAGAUGGGGAGCGAAGCAUUUCGCUACUAGCGAAGACCUUUCCCAAGCCACCGGAUGCACCUUUCGUUAUUGGCACUCAGCGCUCUUCUUCUUCAGGCACUAACGUGACGAUUAAAUGGUUCACAGCAGCCCCUGGUAUCCUGUCUUUCAGGCUGCGGUAUGGAAAGUCUUUGCACAAUCUCCGUGGACGGUAUCAUUCUAAAGUCAAACUGAAAGAAAUGACGUUUCUUCCUCGAACCAAGGAGUAUUUGUUUCGAGGGCUUGACUUGGGAGUGUGGUAUCUGUUCAAAGUCUCCAUACAAAGUACAGCCGGCUGGUCACCAGAAGCACCGUAUUGGAUUCAAAUGCCCACCGGUCCACCAACGGGACCCCCUCUUCGGGUUAGGUCUCAGGCUAUGUCAUCAACAGAAAUUCGCGUCACAUGGCUAGAACCGAACAAGUGGCAACGUAAUGGACCUCUGACUGGGUAUUCUGUAGAAUACAACCCGCUUAAGCGAAGAAGACGGGUAGGAGUAAAAAAUAUCACCAACCCGAACCAAACACAGGCACUCCUAACGGGCCUCAGAAUGUACACUGAAUAUGAGAUUCGAGUCCGAGCCGUUGGCUUGAAGGGUCCAGGGCCCUUGAGUCGCCCUGUUGUCGAGAAAACAAAUGAAGGAGUUCCCAGUCCUCCUCGUAACCUCUUGGCAGUAGCCCGAAGCACUGACUCUGUUACAGUGUCAUGGCAACCGCCCCAGUCUGCAAACGGCGAAGUAUUGGGUUAUUUAGUAAUCUAUUCGGACGCUGCAAGACUGCCCCUCUCUCAGAGGAGUAAUACGGGAGUCAAAGGAGUUCGAGCUACCUUAAAGUCCCUGUCACGUGACUCGAAGUACUGGUUUCGUGUCGCCGCAAAAACGUCGGUUGGUCUCGGCAAUUAUUCUUUGCCAAUCUCCGAAAAGACCCUUAAAUACGACUUGCCAGAAUCUUGCCGAGAUCUGAAAUUUGACUCAAAAGGGAGCGACUUAGUGGCACUGAACUGGAAACCGCCAGUUACGGAUGCAGGAAUAACUAAAUAUAAGAUAGUAUAUUCUGGUUCAAAAUCUUACUUGGAGAAAGGCGAAAUGAAACAGCUGUCGCAUAUUCGCGAAGUGAAGUUGGACGCUGUUUCGCCCGGUCUUCAAUCGCACACUUUAAAAGGACUUGUUCCCCACACAACCUACAAGAUAGAAUUGUCAGCGGUAAACUCCAUGGGCGAAGGGCCUGUUGAAGUUUUAACUCUAAAAACCGACACUGGUGAACCUCCUGCUCUGUCAAAACCUGUCAUCAUUGAGGACAAAAUUACAGCUGAGUAUGUACCCGUAAAAUUGGCAACUGCUUCAGAGAGAAAUGGACCAAUAAGCCAUUACGUAGUGAUCGUGGUGCCGCUGGGCAAAAGUAAUAAGCUUCCCGAUGACAAGUCCCCGGAUGACUUCUUCAGAGAACUGAGACGAAAGCGGGAGGCCGAGGAGAACAAUGAAGAACCUUACAUCGCCGCGAAAUUCGCCCCAGCAGAACUACCAAAGACAUUCAACGUGGGAGAUGAGAGCUUCAAGAAUCUUUAUGGUUACAACAAUAAAAAGCUGAACAAGGGCUCUUACUACACCAUGUUUACAAGAGCUUAUGUCAAAAACGACAAAGGGGACGAGUUGUACACAUCGAGUCCAUUUAUAACGCCUGUAAAGUUCGGUGACAGUCCAGGGGGGAGUUCUACUGGUGCCUUGCAGGAACCUAAGGAACACGCUGAAGGAGGACUAAACCUGAUGUUUAUAAUCAUCCCAGUCGCGGCUCUUAUUGUGCUUACCGCCAUCAUUGUUGUUACAGUGGUUGUUUGUAGAAGGAGAAAAAGAGGAUGUAAAAAGUCCAAAUCUUUGGAUGAUGAAACAGCAGAACCAUCAGAUCCAGUAGAGAUGAAGAGAAUGACAAUCCAAACACCAGGCAUGAUGGACCAUCCGCCAAUUCCUGUCUCCGACCUUUUAAAUCACAACAAUAGCUUGAAAGCUGAAAAGAAUUCUAAAUUUUUGCAAGAAUACGAGUCAAUUGAACCAGGAGAAACCUUUACUUCCGAAGCUUCAUCACAGGAGUGUAACAAAUCAAAGAACCGUUAUCCCAACAUUGUUGCCUACGACCAUUCUCGCGUACACUUGUCAACAGUAGAUGGUAUCGUGGGCUCAGAUUACAUCAACGCCAACUUCUGUGACGGAUACCGCAAAGAAAGCGCGUACAUUGCUACACAAGGUCCUCUUGAAGAAACAAUCGAUGACUUUUGGCGAAUGAUCUGGGAAUAUAAAACGUUUACAAUUGUCAUGCUUACCGAACUAGAAGAAAGAGGAAGGAUAAAAUGCGAACAGUAUUGGCCCACCGAUGGGACUGAAUUAUAUGGUGAUAUCGAAGUUACAGUAACAGACUGGAUUGAGUUUGCUAAUUACACAAUUACAACGCUGCAGAUAUGCAAGGAGGGAGCGUCACAGCCCAGAGAAGUGAAACAUUUCCAGUUCACUGGUUGGCCUGAUCAUUCCGUACCUCCCUACCCCACUCCGUUCCUGGCCUACCUCAGAAGAGUUCGCUUCUAUAAUCCCACAGACGCGGGCCCUAUAGUUGUGCACUGCAGUGCUGGCGUUGGUCGAACAGCCUGCUUUAUCGUCAUAGACUCCAUGUUAGAAAGAGUGAAACAUGAAAAUACCGUCGACAUAUACGGACACGUGACUGUGUUGAGAACGCAACGUAACUUCAUGGUCCAGAACGAGGAACAAUACAUCUUUAUUCACGACGCGCUCCUUGAAGCUGUAUCCUGCGGUAAUACAGAAGUCCAUGCGAGGAACCUGGUUCAACACAUCAAGCGACUCACAGAGGAUUCUGAAGGUGGAACGGCCGGCUUAGCAGAGGAAUUCAGAAAGCUUAGUAACCCCAAUCAAGCUCGCCGACUAAAGCAGGGAACGGGAAGUCUGACCUGUAACAGAUCGAAGAACAGAUUGGCAAACAUUUUACCAUACGAGUCAACGAGAGUGCAGUUGCUGUCUACUCGUGGCAUCGAAGGCUCUGAUUAUAUCAACGCGAGUUUCAUUGACGGCUAUCGUCAAAAAGGUGCUUACAUCGCCACACAAGGUCCUCUGCAGGAAACGGUCGAUGAUUUCUGGAGAAUGUUGAUGGAGCAUAAUUCGAACAUCGUUGUCAUGUUGACGCAGCUUUUUGAGGGAGACAGGGAGCGUUGUUACAAGUACUGGCCGACUGAUCGCUCCGCAAAGCACCAGUAUUACGUAGUGGAUCCUGUUUCUGAACAAGAAUUUGCUCAGUUUGUUGUCAGAGAAUUCAAGGUUAGAGAUAUCAUGAACGACACAGUAAGAAUCAUAAAACAGUUUGACUUUUACGGAUGGACCGAAAGCGUCCCAAAGAACGGUGAAGGUAUCUUGGAGUUAAUUGGCCAGAUACAAAGAACAUACGAACAGCAAGAGGAGGAAGGCCCCAUCACAGUACACUGCAGUGAUGGUGUUGGUAGAACUGGAGUAUUCUGCGCCCUCUCUAUCGUGCUGGAGCGCAUGCGCUCUGAGGGAGUGGUAGAUCUCUUCCAGACUGUGAAACUCCUUAGAACGCAGAGACCGAACAUGAUUCAAAACAAGGAACAAUACCUGUUCUGUUACAAAAGAGCACUAGAGUACCUCGGCUCGUUCGACCAUUACGCCGUCUGAGGAAUCAUGGAGUGUGAGCCGACAAAUAGUGUUGACAACUUAACCCCUACCACAAAGUAGAAUGCAGAUGCGUAGGAAAUCAUAGUUACAAAACCAGUUAUCACAUCUCCUUGAUAUGUCGUAACCGACAGCAAAGUAUAUCACAAUUUCGCCCAAUUUGCUCGGAGGAUAAAUGUAAAAUCCUGAAAAUGAAUUUGAGUGAGAGUCAAAGAUUAACAUGGAUGGCCUGAAGGAGCCUUAGUCUCGAAGCCAACCUGGACAUGGCAAGAGAAUCUCGUGAUAGAGCUUAAACACAGUAUCUUGUUCUGUUAAUAUUGGUACUUUUAUUUAAUGGAUGCUGGAACUGUCAGUGGUAUGGUAACAGAAGAGCAUCGAAGAGAACUCAAGUCGAUUCUUGCGAGAAUUGAACUGAACAGACUUUGAUUACGAAAGAGAGGGUAAGCACAAAAGAUGAGAACAGUAGGUGAGAUAAUGACGCUAAAUGAGAAAAUAAGUAUAUUAAAAAAAUAAACAGUUUGAAUGGUCACAAUAGAUUGACAAAAAGGGUUUUUAAAAUUUGUGUAAUUUUGAUCAAAUCACCUUAAAAAUGCCUUUUGGUUAAUAGGAGGUUUGGCUUACAAGGCCGAUUCUUAUAUUAAAAGCUAAUAAUCUAUUACCUUUUUGUAGCUUUAAAAGGAGCGUCAACUUGAGAAAUAUUUAUGCCAAGGGAGGCAAUCCUUUUUUUAAUUCUUUUUUUUAGGUUUUGAGAUAUUUUUUUUUUUGGUACGGAAUGUGAUCCUCUGACAUUGUAAGCCGCAUACAUUUUUAAGGUUAAACAGUUUAUGGAUAUUUUUAUAUCGGCAUUAAUUUGCAUGAUUGAGAGUGCUCGUUCGUGAUUCUUACGUCGGCUCUAUGGCAACACUUUUUUUUUAUAUGUAUCACGUUUAAUCAGCUUUGUUUUCAUUGAAUGCUAGCAUAAAAAAAUUUCCCAUAGCUACUGAUACGGCUGCUAUAUUGAAUGAAUGAACUUUUGCUCGUAAGAAUCGGGAAUUUUUUUUUUUUUUUAACAUAGCUGUCGCGUCGUUUCCUAUUGAGUGUAUCACUCUACCUACAGACCCCAUUUUUCAAUUCUAUCCAUGCGUGAGGCUAAUUGAAUAAAUAGUUUCUUUUAGUUGGGAGUUAUUUCUUCAUAUUUAAUCACAAAAUUGAUAUAUCGAUACCUGUGUUAAAAAAUUUUUAUCCCGAGAUGAGAGGUAGCUUUUACAAAAAGAUUGCCCGUUUUCCCUGGGAAUUAUUUCUUCAUUUAUUCGCAAAAUUGAUAUAUCAAUUCCUGUGUUAUAAUUUGUUUAUCCUGUGAAGAGAGGUAGCUUGUACAAAUAGAUUGCCCGUCUUCCGUGAGACAAACAAAAGAAGACGGGAAAGUCUUGGCACUGACUAAAUCUUCCUCUCUGCAUAAUUUCAAGGACUUUUAAUAGGUUUAGACCUCAGCAAUGUGAGCGCCAAACGUAAGCAGCUCUUUUGUUACAACCUUUUUGAUUCGCUAAUAUUUUAAACCAAUCAAAUCCUGUGAAUGCAAACGUUACUUUUGGCCCUGGUUAUCAACCAGUGGAGUCACAAAUAAUUGAGGGUGCAAUUUCUAGAAAAAUUCUCUAACUUUAACUACAUUUAAUCGUUUGUCAGCUUGCUGUUAAAAAUGUCAAAUUGCCUUUAUUUUUUAAAGGUAGGAGUUCAUGCUGCUGAGUUGUUAUUUUAGUACAUCAAGUAUUUAUUUACCACACAGAAUUUUUUCUUAUUUCUUGUUUAGAAUUUUUAGUUGUGAGAUGGAUUUGUAACUUUUUAAUGUAGAUAAUUCUAUGUAUAGAGAGAAAGAAUUAUAUUUUUAUAGCGAACAAUAAUAAAUAAUUGAAAAUCCA